AGUCUGCCGGGCCAGUUCAGUUCGGGUCGCGCGAUCGCUGCUGAUUCUAUGCUCUCUCGACUAGUGCGUGCUUUUGAUGAACCUGGAUACGGAUUGUGUUCAAUCACCCUUCUGAUAACGCUAGAUUUGUGCAGUGAUAAGUGUCAGUGAGUGUGACUGUGUUGGUUAAAUGCAAGAACUGUUCCCGAGAAGUCGCACGUCGACAUGGACCACCUCAAGGGGAUGCUGUCUUAUCUCUUUCUGUGCUUGACGUUUUCAUACGUGUCGGGGCAGCUGCAGUAUUUCCGUGUGCAGCCCAAGGAUGUGAAGGUUCACGAGGGGGGCGAGGUCACCCUACAAUGUGAGGUCGCCAACAGGGCGGGCUUUGUACAGUGGACUAAAGAUGGAUUCGCUCUAGGUUUUAGUUCUGUGAUCCCCGGAUUUCCGAGGUAUUCCGUUAUCGGUGACAGCAAGAACGGCGUCUUCAACCUACGGGUGGUGAACGCUUCUCUGGAGGACGACGCCGAGUUCCAGUGCCAAGUGGGACCUUCCGCCUUCCACAAAGCCAUCAGAGCGGACGCCAGGCUCUCCGUUAUCUCUCCACCUUCUUCAAUUGAAAUGGUCAACCACACAGCUAACUCCAAGAUAGAAAUCAGAGAGAAUGAAGAGUUCCAACUAGAGUGCCUUGUAAAGAACUCCAAGCCGGCAGCGAAGAUCGUCUGGUACAGGGGACAAGUUGAGCUUAAACUAGACAAAAGGACAGAUAAGACUAUAGAGGUUGAGCACCCUGGACAGAAAGCCAAGAGGUACACGGUUUCCAGUAAGAUAUCUUUGCAGCCGACUGCAGAAGACGACUACGCUGAUUACACAUGUGCAGCCAAACAUGAGGCUCUGCCUGAGGACAUGCCUCUACGUACCACUGUCCAACUUAGUGUACUUUACCCACCCGGCCUACCAUACAUCGAAGGGUACACAGAAGGAGAGACAAUACGACGGGGGCAGACUGUGGAAUUGAUCUGUCGGUCACGAGGUGGCAAUCCCCCAGCACAGCUGAUCUGGUACAAAAAUGGUGAACAAAUCAGGAUGGCGUACCGGACAGCUGGACGGCUCUCGGAAAAUAUAUAUACUUUCACGGCAGACUCCAGUGACAACAAGGCCAAGUAUCGGUGCGACGCCUCCAAUGUCAUGAGUCCAAGUCCCCUCAAGGCGGAGGUUACACUUACUGUGCUAUUUGCACCAGCACACGUGACAAUCUCAGGUCCCACGGAGGCCCGGGUUGGCGACACUGUUCCGCUCACAUGUGUGACAGCAGGAAGCAACCCACCUGCUGACAUCAAGUGGUUGAUAGGUGGAAAGAGUGUGCGUAAUGCCACGCAGCGUACAGUUGCCGCACCUGAGGGCGGCUGGAUCACCACCAGCAACACUACGGCAGUCGUAGACACAGACAAGAGGGCACUGGUCGUCAUCUGUCACGGGCUUAACAUGCAACUUUCCGAGAACAUCGUCAGCACACAUACCAUCAACGUUCUGUAUCCCCCAGGACCUCCUCUGAUCAGCGGGUACACCAAGGGUCACCAUAUUGCGGCUGGGACUGUCCAGAAAAUUUCCUGCAUCUCUUCAGGUGGCAAUCCUUUAGCCACCAUCACCUGGUAUAAGAACGAUAAGAAGAUCCCUUCGGUGACCAAGAUCACAGAUCGCUCAGUCUCAGCAGAAGUCACUAUUCUCACUAACGUCACCGACAACGAAGCUGUGUACAAAUGUGAGGCUGCUAACUCUGCCACAGAGAUUCCGCUCUUUGAGACAGUCACACUCAGCGUCUUUUUUCCCCCUGAUCACGUGCGUAUACGGAAGGAACCGGAGGAUCUUCGGGCUGGUACGACAGCCACUCUGACCUGCGAUGCUAGCUCCAGCAACCCUCCUGCUCAGAUGACCUGGUGGAAGGACGGAAUACCGAUCUCCGAGGGGAUUACCAAUUCCAGCAAACCAGGUCUCCACCGGGGAACCUUCUCUAGUAUGCAGCUCAAGGUUAACAUUACCCCGGAGAUGGACGGGCUGGUUUACACAUGCCAGGCAAUGAACUUGGCCCUACAGCGUAGUGUUCAUGAUGCUGUCACCAUGAAUGUCCUUUACAAGCCAGUGUUCAACGAGCUGCCAGAGAAGGAAGUCACAGGAGUGGAGGGGGACAGUCUGCUGGUUGCCCCACAAGCAACAGGGCGUCCCCACACUAUCUCUUACACCUGGACCAAGGACAAGGCCCCACUGAGUCCUGGACCUCACCUAACCAUUGAGGGUCCCCUCCUCAACUUCACACGACUGAACCGCAGUGACUCUGGAGUCUACUCGUGCGAGGCGGUCAACAGCGAGGGGUCCACUUCUGUCUCUCUCACCAUCUCAGUGCAAUAUCCAGCAACAGUGGUUGCUGUCAGUGAAAAAGUCGUUGUGGGAGAGUCGGAUGUUGCUCAAUUGUGGUGCCGGGUCGAAGGCAACCCAUUGUCCGGAGUCCACGUCACCUGGAAGAGAGACAAUUAUAACAUUGCAGAGAGAUCUGAGGUAUCAUUCAAGAACAACACUUCUUUUCUCAUCAUACAUCGACCAACCAAAGAAGACAUUGGGACCUUCCGCUGUGUAGCGAACAAUGGUCUCACCAAUCAGAGUUCUAAGGAUGCCUACUUGGUCGUCAAACAUAAACCGGAGAUGGACCUCUCCCCGCAUCUGGCGAAGGCAGCCAGUAACAGCGGAGACAACGGGCGGUUGAUCUGUCGAGCGCGCGGAGCACCUGCACUCAACUUCACCUGGCAACGUGAGGGUGCCACUAUACCUUUGGAUACCCCACAGAAGUACAGCUUCGAGUUCAACACGGUUGACGAGGUAACCUAUGAAUCGAUAUUGCUAGUCCGAAAUGUCGAACUAUCGGACUACGGUCGUUACGAGUGUGUGGCUCGUAAUGAACUCGGUUUUGCCACUUCAACAGUGAAACUGUCUGUUACGUCCGCACCUGAAGCUCCUUACAAUCUUCAGGUUUUAAACAUAACUCACGACUCUGUGACGCUACAGUGGUCACCAGGUUUCGAUGGUGGACUCCCAGCCUCUUACCGGCUCCGGUAUAGACCACUGCAGCAGACCAACCAAAAUUACCACUACGAGGAUACCGGUAAUGAUACCACUUGGACAGUGCGGAGGCUCCAAUUGGGCACAGAGUACAGGUUUAGCGUGAUGGCCACCAACCAUUUGGGCAUUAGUAAAUACACACCUGAUACCUUCAAAGUCACUACUUCAAGUGUGGCUCCGUUGUCUGUGGCGUCAAGGGGCAAGGAGCAGGCGGGUUCCAGUGGGGGCAGCCUGGUGCUGGUGGUGGGGGCAGUGUUGGGGGCAACCCUGCUACUGAUCAACGUACUACUCGUGGCAUGCUGUCUGCACCGUCGUGCCAACAAACGCAUAACAGGAGUGAGCGAACAGAGCAGCAGCAAAUCCGCCACCAUAGAGAUGUACGCUCCUAGCAGCUACAACGAGACUGUGACUGGCGAGACUCUCAGCUCUGUUAGCGAGAAGAGCGAGAGCUACUCCGACAGCAAUCCAGAGUACACGGAGGAUGCCAGGAAGGCCGCCGCUAGUACCUACUUGAUUGAGCAGAUCGAAUAUCCGUUUCAAUAUCCGGGAUAUGAGCUCCAGCACCAGAUCAAAGAGGCAGAGACCAUUGGACUGCAUCGUAACACCUAUGCACAUAAUGGUGGGCAAGCCAUGGAUGGCUCAUAUUACAAUGUCUCGCCGGACCCCCGCUACGUGGCUUACCCCCCUCCAGUGCAGUUCGCCCAACCUCCACUGCGGGGCCCUGUGCCCCCACCUGACGUCACGGUGCUCAGUGCACCCCCACCCCUCCUCUCAACCUUCAGCUAUGCCAACUCCAUCGAGACCGAGGGACACCUCGUGUGACACAUGACCACUGUUCGUUGACAUCGACAAUACUGAGAGUCCGCAGAAUCUGCCCGAGAUACACCCCCGCUUUCCGAUGUGCUCCUCUAACUUGUGCCAAAUAUCGGUUCCGUCAGCCUUUUAUAGUAGGCAGUGUUUUCGUUACAGCCCACUGUGAUGGCUUCUCAAAGAACAUCAAAUUCGAAAACCCUAAACCUUUUUUUUCUUUCAUUUACUAUACCAUGUACAUAUCACACACUCCCUCUCUAUAACAGAACAUAUAUUCUUGUUUUCUCCGUUCAAGCCUUUGACAGUUAAAUGAUAUAAUCCGUUAAACAGAGCAGAUUCGUCUUCCAGAAACUAUCGAAGUGCAGUGUUGUCGGUGUCUAGUUCUGUGUUGUGGACUCGACAGAGCCUGAUUGUUACCACAGUCUUGUGGUUAUUGUUGUAAGGGUUUCGCCAAAAUAUAUUUUCUACUGAGUGAAGUGAUAUAGGAGGAACAAUGACUAGUCGACAAGAAUCGUACCAAAGUAGUGUACAUAGACUCGAUAAAACAGCUCAAUCCCAUUUUUAUACAAUUCAAUUACAAUCUAUUGUUAAGGAUAUUCCAAAUUUAUCUCGUUUAUCUGCAAUACAUGAAAAUUUCAUUCCAUUAGUUGUGUAAAUACCUUUUGUAAUGUAACCAAAGUGUGUAUUUUUUAUAUUCCUUAUUUUAUACUUUUAAGUAUUGGACGUGAUUCCUUGGCUGUCAGUUAGUCCUAAAGUAAAACUUAGGCCUUAGGCCUUUUCCAUUUUUUAAAAUCAUGUAUUUAUGUGUUUUUUGAUAUUCCAACUGCCUGCUUGGUGUACCAAGAUGUUCGUAGGUAAUCUUUAGCACAGGAUAAUAUUUUACUUUUUUGUGUUUUAAGUGAGAAUGCUUCAUGUAUACCUGUCUCAAUUAUUCAACUUCUUGUGGCAAUAACUACACGAUAAUUCCAAGUAUUUCUUUUCGUAUUGUAAGUAAAUAGUACUUAAACUAAUGUUACUUCAUUGUAAUUUUUAUAUUAGAAACGUGUUUUUGGUUUAAAAUAAACAGAAUUGAUUUUAUUCAUAGGAUAGUAGGUUAUAAAACCUACAUUUAAUUAUUUAUGUUUGGCUGGUAAUAUAAUGUUAGGUACGAAGAAGAGCAUUUAUUUUAUACCUUAGUGAUAUUAAUGAUAAUCAAGUCUGCGCACUUGACUGCUAUAGAGGUCUAACUGCGUUCUGUGCCAAACGCUUGUCACUUCCAAGGGUUUCGAAUGAUAUUUUCAUGUAUUCAUCUCAGAACAAUAAGCAAGAGACUUAUGUAUUCUCAAUCACGUUGUGAUCCAUGUUUAAUAAAUGUUUUGAUCUCAUUUCUUAUUGUAGACAUCAAUACGUCCUCGGCCUCAAAGGCACAAUGAACCAGUUCUGGAGUUCUGUGGUUUUCGGUUAUCAAUUUGUACAGUCGUUUGUCAGCUUUUCUUCCGUUGCGUUCCACCCUCCAGAAUUGUGUACUUAUGUAAAUAUUGCGGUAAUAUAGAUGGAUGCUCACUGUUAGGUGGACGGCCUAUGUAAUAGUAUUUUUCAUAAAGAAAUAUAUUUCGUCAUUUUACCAAAAAACUUUAGUUUGUUUAUUAGUUACAUUUGUUCAGUGAUGUGUCUAAUAAGAAAAUUAAUUUUGUUUAGUUAACUAUGAGUAUGUUCGUUUAAUAGUUGUUCUUUAUUUUCCACAGAAAACAAUCUUAUUUAUAAGCUUCCUGUAAAAAUGUAAUUUUAUUUGUAUCAUAAUAUUGUACAUUAUAGACAUUUUUAUAUUCUAAAAAGAACACAAAUUAGGUUUUUCACGAUUUGGGGAUAAGCAAGGUUUUCAGUAUCUACCAUGUAUAAUAUAAGACUGGCAUUAUGUAUCAAUAUUAUAUGUUAGUUAUUAUUGUGUUUCUCAUCUUAUAUCCAUUUUUACAUAUACAGUUAUGUAAUUUCCAAAUUGUACUAUUGUAAUAAACUAAUAAUGUUUCUAAGUUUAAUAAAAUGUUUCUGAUGUUAAUUGUUAACUCUAUUUUUAAAACUUUGUUAUAUCUUCGAAUUGAACAAUAAUUGAGAGAAGGCUGUUCAGAUUGGACUUCUGUGUUUAUUUGUACAGUAGGUAGUUCUUGCUCUGUUUUCUACCGACCUGAUGUGAGUGUUUAGUUCAGUAUCCAAUGUGACACAGAGUUGGCACUGAUGAAUCCAUGAUAAGUGUUGUUUACCAGAUUACUAUGUGGUUUCUCAUUCCAACUCGUAUUUGUAUUUACAAUAAUGUGCAUUAUGUUGUUAAAUAAAGUUGAUUUUUAAUUUUUAAA